UAGCUCUCCGAGCAGCUGGAGGGGUCGCGUUGCGCCUGUUGGGGCCGCACCUCGGAGCAGGACUGCUGCAGCGACUGCCGCCAUGUCGGGCCGCUCAGUGCCACAUGCCCACCCGGCCACCGCCGAGUACGAAUUUGCCAACCCCAGCCGCCUGGGUGAGCAGCGCUUUGGCGAAGGCCUACUUCCAGAAGAGAUCCUGACCCCCACCCUCUACCAUGGCUACUAUGUGCGGCCUCGGGCCACCCAAGCUGGGGAGGGCAGCAGGGCAGGGGCCUCUGAGCUCAGGCUCAGUGAGGGCAAGUUCCAGGCAUUUCUGGAUGUGAGCCACUUUACCCCAGAUGAGGUGACCGUGAGGACUGUGGACAACCUACUGGAGGUGUCUGCCAAGCACCCCCAGCGCCUGGACCGCCACGGCUUCGUGUCUCGAGAGUUCUGCCGCACCUAUGUUCUACCUGCUGAUGUUGACCCCUGGCGAGUCAAAGCUGCUCUCUCCCAUGAUGGCAUCCUUAACCUGGAGGCACCACGAGGUGGCCGUCAUUUGGACACAGAGGUCAAUGAGGUCUACAUCUCCCUGCUCUCUGCACCUCCUGAUCCAGAGGAAGAGGAGGAAGCAGCCAGAGUUGAGUCCUGACUGCCAUAGACCCAGCACCCAGCAAGUCCCUUCUACCUCCCGAAGUGAUCUGAGCAGCUGCCCACCACCCCAGAGGUAGCAGCAUCCUUGGGGGAAGGGAAAGGUGCAUGGUCCACAGUGUAUGGUUUGGUCUUUUGGGGACGUGUUAUAGCAUUUGGUUUAGUUCUGGGUGGAACUGAAUAAACCCAAAUCUUGGGGC